AUGCCAGAGGAGGAAGAUGAAAGAGCUCAACAUCACAGUGAGAAUGAUAAGGGGUUGUUGAAGAAGAAGAAAUGGUCGAAAACCAUGGCCCGUCGCGUAACCCCUGUUGGCAAUAUGAAAAGUAGGCCCGAUGGAUAG